CUCAUCAUCGAUUUCAUCGCUGAGUUCUUGAGACUACCAUAUGUACCACCUUAUUUUGGUUCUCAAAACGUGAGCUUCAAGCAAGGGAUCAAUUUCGCUGUGUAUGGAGCAACAGCUUUGGAUCGUACGUUUCUUAUGGAAAAGGGAAUUGAAUCAGAUUUUACCAAUGUUAGUUUAAGUGUUCAACUUAACAUCUUCAAAAAAAAUUUACCUAGCCUUUGCGCCUCCUCGUCUCCUCAUGAUUGUAAAGAGAUGCUUGGAGACUCGCUGAUUUUAAUGGGAGAUAUUGGAGCGAAUGACUACGUUUACAUGUUUUUCCAAGGCAAAAGUAUCAAUGAAGUUGAAGAGCUAGUUCCUCUAGUCAUCAAAGCUAUCUCUUCGGCGAUUGUGGAUUUGAUCAAUUUGGGAGGCAAAACAUUUUUGGUGCCCGGAAGCUUUCCAUAUGGAUGUUUCCCCGCGUAUCUUACUCUAUUUCAGACCGCAAAAGAAGAAGAAUACGAUCCUUUUACAGGUUGCCUCUCAUGGCUCAAUGCGUUCGGAAAGAACCAUGAUGAACAGCUCAAGACAGAACUCAGACGACUCCGGAAACUCUACCCUCAUGUCAACAUCAUUUAUGCUGACUACUACAACUCUAUGUACCGGUUUUUCCAAGAACCUGCCAAAUACGGGUUUAAGGAGAGACCUUUGGGUGCUUGUUGUGGAGUAGGAGGUCAGUACAACUUCACUAUUGGUGAAGAGUGUGGAUACCAAGGAGUUGGGUAUUGUAAAAAUCCAUCUGAGUAUGUUAAUUGGGAUGGUUAUCAUUUAACCGAAGCAACGCACCAGAAAAUGGUUCAUGGCUUACUCAAGGGUCCCUAUGCAACUCCUGCUUUCGAUUGAUCCUGCCUUGGCUCUGCAUCUGUGGAUACAGAAUCUUCUACUAGUUGAAAGACAAAGUCGUUUUUCAUCAGUUAAAAUUAUUUUAGUGGUUCAAAUUUUUAUGGAAAUCCACUAAAUAUUAGUAGUACCUAUUAAAAUCAUCAA